AUGAACGCCGACGCAAAGGCGGUCAAGAAGCAUGCGGCGCAGCAUGACCUGUUCAAUCGUCUGCACUCCAUAGCAGCAGAUGAGAGCUUUGUGAAACGCGUUGCUCAGGAAUGGUUCGACGGGCGGUUCAAGGUUGUCGCAAACCAACGCUGCGGGACGUGGUACUGUGACCCCGAGACAAGCUCGGAUGAAUAUGCGUACUUCAAGUCGACGGACGGGCAUACCUUGAACUGGGAUUUCAACCUGCGCCGGUCCAACCUCGCCCUGGCAGUACACGCAGAGGAAAAAGGAGGAUUCAUCCUCGUAGACUCGACGCGGCGCGGCAAGCGUAUGCCGGACGGGCUCUCGAAGACUGUACCGAUCUGGUGUGCGGUCGUGAACCGCGCCAUUGCAUUGCGUAGGCAACGCGAAGGCGUCCCAGAGAGGGAAUGGGAUCUGAUGCUGUACGUGCCAGCCCAGAUCGUGUCGCCGUCGGAGCGAGCCCAGAUCGAAGCGCGUCUCGACGCAUGGGCGCACCUCCUCGAAACGUCUGUGCUGCCGCUCCCGUCCCUGGAGAAGCCUCUUCGCCCGUUCUUUGUGCACCCGUCAACUUCUGUGCCGCCCACCAUUCCCGAUGGUCCAGACUACACGCCCAUCGUUUGCGUGUCGGCGUCGCGAUGGGUCAACGGUGGCACGGACGAGAUUCCCGUUGCCACGCGCGUCGGUGAGGGCCCGUUCACGCGGACAGUCGCGUUCGACUACGUCCCGGGUGCCGGUGACGACGAUGAACUGUGGGGCCGGGGACUCAAACCCGCCAUGUACCAUUCCGAGAAGAGCUGGCUGCUCGCGACUCCGCGCGACGAGCUGCCAGACGCGGUGGACGAACUUGUUGGCGAAAAGGGACUUGCGGCCGCCAUGCAAGGAACGACAUUGGAUGAUCAGAGAGGUGGGUCUGCGGACGACUUUGCGGGCGCAACAGCGGUUUCCCCUGGGCUCGUCCUCGACCUCGGGCCACCCAUCCGACCUGGGAAUGAGGAAGUCGGCAAGCCGGUCACUACAGUCUUCCGAAUUGUCGAAAUCGAGGAGCCGCUCAAGAAUGCGCCACAUGUUCUCCCGCUACCAUCGUCUGGGUACACCACAGUGGUGGCAGCCAUCCCCUCAUCGCGGUCCAAAGGGAAAGAGUUCCUACUGGCUCUGGACGAGUUGCGGGCCCACGUUACUCGAAUGGCGGAGGCAGGGACAGUUCUGCUCAGUCCAGGCCGAGAGGAGGAACUCGAUGCAGCGCUUAAGCAGCACCACGCACCACAAACAGACCCUCCAGCCGUCGUUACCCUCUCGAGCGCCGAGCAUCUGCUCGCAGGCAACCUCACGUCAGCCAAGAAGCUCAUCCUCCCCAUCGCUGUUUCACUGUUGUGCUCGGUUCCAGCACUGGGUGAGGAACUCGACGAUGACGAGGAGGUGGACAAGAUCGUCAUUGCCGACACGCUGCACAAGCUCGUUGCACUGUGGCCCGACGGCAACCCGCCUCGCGCCGCACUGAAGCGCGUCAACGAGUUCCUCAUGAGCAAGCGUCGGUAG